UUCGAAUAGUUUCGAUCAAAAUGUUGUCCCUUGCUGGUUGUAUCCUCUGUCUGUUUCUGGGUUGUUCUUACGCCCAAGUGUUUGGUACAGGGAAAUGUCCUACUGUUUCAGUAAAAUCAGGAUUUGAUAUAAAUCAAUAUCUUGGAGAUUGGUAUGAAAUAUACAAAUUCAAAGCUGGUUUUGAAAACGACCAAGUCUGUAAUAAGGCAAAUUACAAGCUGAAAGAUAAUGGCCACAUUGAUAUAUUUAAUUCUGGAUUUGGACCAGACGGAAAACAAACGUCUGCAGAGGGCGACGCUUAUAUCCCUGAUAAAAGUGAUGCAGCAAGACUUAAACUUAGAUUUGCCUCUGCUGCGCCAUAUGGAGACUACUGGGUCUUAGACACGGAUUAUGAAACAUAUACUUUAAUAUUUUCGUGUACAGAUCUUUUGUUUGGAGCAACACAUUUCGAAUUUGCUUGGAUUUUGGCCAGAGAAAAGACAAUCAGCGAUGAUAUCAAAAACAAACUUUUUAAACAAAUGGCGGACUUCAAAAUAAAUACAAGCAACUUUUUGAAAACAAAUCAAACUUCUGUAUAUUGUACCAAUUGAAUGUUUAAAUGUUUAUUAAAAUGUUUUGUUUGUUA